AUGGGUAAUGUUGUUAGUAGUAGUAGUUCACAAAAGAGUAAUAAUAGUAAUAAUGGAUCAUCAUCAUCAUACGCAUUUGAUAAAGUACAAUUAGAUUUAUCAACAAGAGUUGUUAAUUCAAAGGUAUUGGAAAAGGUUGAAUGUAGUAUUUGUGCAGAUACUCUAAAAGAACCUUUACAAUGUUUAGAAGGUCAUUCUCAUUGUUCAACAUGUUUUAGAGAUUGGAGACAAAAACAAAAUACAUGUCCAACAUGUAGAUCAAUAUUACCAGAGAAACUAUCGAGAAAUAGAUUUAUAGAGGAAUAUAUUAGAGAUGUAGAGGUUCAUUGUACCUAUUAUUUCAAAUUAAAUGUAAAUACACAGUCUUGGGAUAAAGAUCCUUUUGAUGGAUGUCAAUUUACAGGUACCGUAGAUGAAUGUGAAAAACAUGAGACCCAUCAUUGUCUGCAUCGACCUACGAUUUGUGUUAAAAGUCAAAGUUUGGCAACUUGUGGUUGGAUCAAGACAAAGGAUAUGGAUUUACAUUUAAAUCAAAAAUGUACUUAUUCAACUAUACCUUGUAAAGCAUGUUCUUCUAAAUUAUUUGUUUUAUAUAAUCAUUUAGAAACAUGUCAUAGAUUUAAUGUUAAAUGUGAAUAUUGUAAUGAAUCAAUGGAAAAGUGUCAAUUGGAUCAACAUUUAUCAUCAAUAUGUCAAGAAAAAUUAGAACAAUGUCCAUUGGGUCCAAAAAUUUGUAAUCAAAUGGUAGCUAGAUAUAGUUUUUAA